UUUGUGACAGAUUUGUAAACUUUGUCUAGUGUUUAUUGCUGAAGAAUUGUGUAUAUUCAAUUUAUUGAUGACAAAUAUAAUAUUUUGAUGUAGUAUGCUUAGCAAAAAAACUAAUAAUGUCAGAAGAAAAACUGAUACGUAAGAAGAAGAAGGCUUUAAAUGGCAGCAAUAAAAGAGCUUAUGCCGAGGCUUGUAAUGAUUUGGCAACGUAUUACUACAAGAAAAAUAGGUAUGCAGACGCGUUGGAUGAAUACAGAACAGAGGCCUCGGUCUGCAAGGAAUUGGGCCUUCGAAUGGAGUGGGGCACAUGCAACAGGAUGAUCGGUGAAAUGUACAUGCUCCUUGCAGAGUUUGACAAAGCUCUGAAAUAUGAGAAGCGACAUUUAGCUGUAGCCAAAGAGCUCAACAAUACAGUAGAGGAGCAAAGAGCCUUGGCAACUCUUGGCAGGAUAUACCUGUUGCAAGGUCAGAGCACUUCUGGUAAAGAAGCGGAAGAAUCUUUGAAAGCGGCUGAGAGGGCAUUCCUUAAAGGCCUGGCACUGUGUGAAAGUUUAAGCGGAAAAAUAAACAUCUAUGAGCUAAUGGACAUGAGAUCGCGACUGCUUCUGAAUAUCGGAGUGUGCCAAGAAUAUUUAGGAAAUCAUGACAAGGCAGUUGAUUGUCUCAAGAAGGCUAUAAACAUAUGUGUGAACCAGGACAUAUAUGAUGUGCUGCAUCAGUGUUACACUACUUUGGCAUUGCUUUAUAGCAACAAGUUGAAUGAUUAUACAAACUCGUUGAGUUGCCUUAGUAAAGCUGAGGAGAUUGCUAAGAGGUUGCAAGACAAGGGUCAAAAGCUGUGUGAGACUCUGGCAACAAAGGCCGAUGUUUUGUGCAAAACAGCUGACUACCAGAGUGCAAAACAAGUCCUUGUGAAGGCCUGGAAAAUGAAGACGCCUGAUGAAGAAGAGAGGGAAAAUAUUGAGUCUAAACUGAAAGUUGUCGCAGCAAUGUGCUACGCAGACGACCGAAGAGUCGGCAUAGACCCAACCAACCAUGCAGAGUUAAAGAAAAUCUACGAAAGCUUGGGAGACGGGGCCUGUUACCUGCAGAGCUAUGACGACGCCGUCUCUAACUAUCUGAAGAUGCUGGAACAAGCUGAGUUAGCUGGAGAAAGCGGGAGACAGCUUAUACCUAUCUACGUCAGUUUGUAUCAAACAUACAAAGACAUGGGCUCGUACAACGACGCCCUAAUGUUCCUGGAGAAGGAAUACGAGCUAAUAAAGGACGAGCCUAAAGAAGCCUUCACCACACUCUACAACAUCGCUGAGACCAGCUACUUGGCGAAGAAACCUUAUGACCAGAUUGAGAAGGCUUGCAUGAAUGCUAGGAAUGCUGCUAAAGAAUGGAAUAAGCGCAAAUACGAAAUCCGAGCUCUCAAAUCCCUCCUUAAAUACCAAGAAGAAUAUUUCGAGUUGGACAAAAUGGAGGAAACGCAAGAUGAACUCAGAUACCUUGGGUAUGAAGACUUUAACAAUCUGGAAAACUCUGAGGAUGAGAGUUCGGCUGGCGGUGAUGACAUGACGACGACCAUUGGGCAUGAUAUACGCUGUGAGGAUAUUACUGAUGAUGACGAGAACUUCAACGAAGAGAUAGCAGGUGGAACUAAAACACGGCCCAGGAAAACUGGCGUAGCAUAUGUCAACAAAGUGAACGAGAAAGGAGAGUCACUCUUGCAGCGGGCAUGCAUUGCUGGCAACAAAUUCAUGCUCCAACGUCUAAUAGCACAAAAACACCCAGUCAAUGUACGAGACUUCGCCGGAUGGACUCCAUUACACGAAGCAGCAAUUAACGGUCAUUACGAGAUUGCACAGAUCCUGAUCGACCAUGGAGCAGUGAUCAAUGAUAGAGGACUAAUGAACUUUUCAGGUCAAACACCUCUCCACGACGCUGCCUGCAACGGCUACAUGGAGGUGAUGCUACUCCUCCUCGACAAAGGAGCCAUUCCUUCCAUCAAGAACGACCUCGGUCACACAGCGCUCGACUCGCUCCGUCAGUGGCGCUCCAACACCGUCCUCAACAAAGAAAAAGAAGAACUAUACAAAAAUAUAUGCACCCGCCUCCAGAACCAAAUCAGAACUGCCCCCGCUGAAAUAUCCCCAACCACCAACUUAAGUAGAAGAAAAAUAGACAAAUCUCCAGCGAGUACCUCCGUAGCAAAAUCACCUGUGUUCAAAAAGAGAAAUGUUAUCCAAGAUGACUCCGAUGAUGAUAUAGAUCUAUCACCCAGAAGAAAUCAACCAGCUUUUCCUUCAGAUGAGUCUAGUGGAUCGUCUGAUGAACAGACUGUUAAGAAGAAGGAUAUAUCAGGAGUUAAAGAAUAUAGGACAGUCAUAUCCGCUUUAAGGCAUAGAAGGACUUCUGAAGACUUGCCAGAGGUAGAUUUGAAGAAAGCUCCAAAAUCAGCUUUGUUAGACCCUGAUGAAGUAGACGACGAAUGGCUUGAUGACGAUAUGGGCACAAAUAAAAGUAAGAAGAGAAAAUUCAGUGACCCAUUAUCAUCAGUAACUAUUGCUAAGAAACCCACCUAUGAUUCUAUCAAAGACAGUAUUGAAAAUAUUAACAGGAUCGAACCACUUAUAGACAUCAACAAUAGGAAAUCAGCUGAAAAACAAAAGAAGCGAAUGAGCGAUAUAAUCGCUAUCAACGAAAAUAGUUCAGACUCCAACGAAAAUAUAUGCCCCGAGUUUAGAAAUAGUUGGCCAGCUAUAGAUAGGGAACUUAAUGAGUCUAAAACUAGGGAUACUAGAGAUCAUAUGAGAAAACGCUGGAAGCAACAGAGCACUUUACUUCGAGCUGGUUUCCAAAGAAAUAGACAAGAUGAUCAAUCAAGUAAUAGUGGAAGCGAUAGUGAAUUUAAUUCUAGAAACAAAAGACUGACGCCCACAGGGACGUUCAGUAGGAAAUCCUCAGGAGAAAACUUUAAUACCUACAGUCCGCGUAAAAACGAUAUAUCUGGUCCAUUUUCAAGGCAAUCACCAGCUGAAUUCAGCAACUACAGUCCAAGAAAAGACUGUUUCAACAUGAUGAAUAUGAACCCUAGUGUGAUGCAACCUUUGAACGUUAUACAACCUAUAAACAUAGUUCAGUCUAAUAAAAAUGGAAGAACUAUGCAGACGCAAAUACUGCCGCCGGCGGCCGUAAAGGUUCAAGUGGAGGAUAAGGUGCUGUUGAUAUCGCUGAAGUUGGACAUGAUUAACAAACAGACAAUCAGCUGGCUGGUUGAUGAAGUGAAGACUAGGUAUUACAAAUUGACCGGCGUCCGUCCAGUGUUCAGCCUCAUGACCUCAGACGGUGCUAUUCUAUCUGAAGACGACCCGCUAAGCCUGGUGCUGUCCUCACCUGAGCUGAAGACCUGCAUCACCAACUGGAAGGCCUCACCCGCUGAGGAGAGGUAUCUGGAGUGCUGCGAAGCUUUAGGCAUAUCACCCUGUGAGGAAAUCCAACAAACCAUCGGCCGGAGUCACACAACCCACCGACUUGCACUAGGCGCAAGGACAUUACCCCCAUCACAAAUCCGACCACUGUUCCGCGCGCUCACGCACCAAUCACACAUCACCGCCAUCAUGCUCUCAGACAACAACUUAGGAGAUGAUGGAGUUAAAUACCUCACCGACUGCAUGUGCACUAUGAAACAACUCACACAUCUAGAUAUUAGCAGAAAUAAUAUCAGCGCAGAAGGAGCUAGACUAUUAACGCAAAUGUUUGAUAAAGCUUCGCGACCCGUCUGCCAGUUAUUAGACUACUUAGAUAUCAGCGGAAACCCUAUAACCGAUGAAGGUUUGAAGCAUAUCCUAAAGUUAACGACACAUAUCAGAUUGAAAUCGUUAAAAUUAAAUAGUUGUGGAUUAACAGAGAACGCAGCUGGAGUUAUAAAUGAGUGCAACGCUAAUUUGAACGCUUUAGAAGCUAUAGAUAUCAGUAAUAAUGAUGUGAAACUACCAACAGUCAGUUGUUUAGUAUCAACACUGAAUCCUAAUAUGCUAAUGGAGUUAGAUUUGGACAGUGUUGGUGUUCAAGGGCAGGCGGUUGGUUGUAUAGCUUCAUUUAUGGAUUCCGCCAAGGAAUUGAAGAUUAGAAGAUUCAGUUUGUCUAAUUGCAAACUGGUUGAUGGGCAGUUUAUGAGAGUAUUUAGAAGUCUCGGCCGCGCGAAAAAUUUGCAGUCCGUCUCCCUAAAGAGCAACCUGUUAACAUUCAUCACACUAAAGAAAUUACUACAGAGACAGCCACCCGUACCUCAAAUCAACCUUCAAGGGUGCCAAGACAUAUUCAAAUACUCACCCGACUCCGACUUCCAAGUUUGGCUACCAGCCAUCGACUUCGGGAGGUGCAUACCGGAGAUAAACGUGACACCAGUGUCAAAUACUGAUGCGGAAAGAGAUAGCUUCAAAUCCUUCUCAAAGACUUGGCUGAGUUGUUUCAAAGGAAGAGGAGUUAUUGAACAUUGUGAAGGCGGCGUUAUAAGAUUUACCGCCAGGUAGACUACAGGGAUUUUGAUGCCUUACAUUGUUAAACAACCCCCAGCUUGGAGGCGCCAUAAGCUUUCGGUAAUUGUGUCUUAGACUUGAAAAUUUCGACCCUUGCCGCCGUGACCGGUUGGCCGAGUGCUUCAGGCAUCCGUGGCUAUAACGGAGUACGCUGGUUCGAAUCCAGCAUUGGACACUGAGGCCUUGGUCAUUUUUUCUUUGUAUAUGACAUUUAUUUCAGUUUAUUGUUAAACAAUACAGGACUGAAUGAUCAAGUUAACUUAUACAGAUAGCAAAAAUCCGAUUGUUUUGAGUGUAUGUAAAUAUAUUGUGUGCUGCGUAUUAUAAUCAAUAAUGAUUAUGAUAAAAGCAUGACAUUAUGGUAACAAAUGACAAUAUUCAUGUCGGGUUACAUGACUGCCUUGGUGAUCAGAUCAUUUUCAGUGCCUGAAAAUUAAUGUAUGAAUUAAAUAAUAUAAUUUUGUAUAAGUCACUCUUAGCUGUAAAACGUAUUUAUAAAUAUCGUUUAAUUAUUUAUAAUAACAGUAAACCCAGUGACCACAGUGACCAUUUCAGUAUGAAGUUUGAAAACAUUGAAUAUGAAGUGUUCUAUAAUACAAAAAAACUUAUUGACGGUUUGAAAACUAAAGUUGGACAUAUUUUAGAUAAUUUAGAUCCACCAAGUUCCUGAGUGACUAAACCUUUCCAUUGUCUUAUUUUUGUCAUUUAAUAUUAAUGAAACUACCACAUGCACAAACUUUGUUCAUCCUCUUUGUAAAUAAGCAGUAUUCAGUGAUUUGUUUUUAUUAUAAAAUAAAAAUAUAAACGGUUGUUG